GGGGGGGGGGGGGGGGAUUGUCGCGUGUCCGGGUGUUGGGUGAGCGGUGCAGCCGCUGCCCCGGGGUCGCUGUCUGCACCUUCAGUCGGGGAAUUCUCAGAGUGGGCAACAGUGUGGUCACCGACCGACUCCCCUCCUCAAGUUUUCCCCUUUAGAAUGGCACCAAAAACCAUGGAACCAAUCGCAAAAAGAUUAUUCAAGGGAAUUUUGAUCUUUGAAUUUGCAGGUGUUUUAGGAGCCUACUGGGUGUUUCAGAGAAUGAAUACCAGUCAAGAAUUCAGACAAACAUUGAAUAAAAGGUUUCCCUCCAUUUUGGAAGUUUAUUAUAAAUCCAACGAAUGGGCAGGAAUUUAUGGAAUCAGAGAAAUGGAUCAGGAAACCUGGUACAAGAAGGAUAACCCAUGAAUAUUUUCUUGCCUUUGAAGCGUUUCUUCUGUUUGCGUAAAGUUUGACUAUCUUUGCCUCUGACCCAAGCAUCACGAUCAGAUUCCCACUGUAGCUGUUUCAUAUCUGAAAAACAACGAUGCAUUGAAGAUUCAAACGCCUGAACUUUGCAAUAGUACACCAUUCUAUGUAUAUAGUAUCUGGCCAAUGGAAGUAUGUUAUAUUCUGACAAAAUUAAAAUACAAAAUUGAAUCUAGUUUAAGAAAUACAUAAACCAAACGCUUUUCCAAUAAUCUCGAUUUCCAUGUAGUAGAUACAAUGUUCUCAACAUCUAUUUUUAUGUUGAAGUCAUUUAAAAAAUGCAGAAAGCUAUUGUAAAUACCUUACAUUAGCCAUGUCUAAACUUGUAUUGUUCCGAAUGUUAAUAAAACGUAUUACUUGCUAAUAUUAAUUUCAUAAGAUGUUAAUAAAAUAAGAUUAACAUUUUCAGUGGG